AGUGCAAAAUGCAAUCUGCGCCACAAAAGCAUAUAGAAAUACUUAGAUUGCAGGGUAACAAGGAAGAUGUUGGCUCUAAAGAUGGUUUUAUUGGUCUGUGUUGGUGCCUCAUUGGCACAAGAGUUGAUUACGGCAGAAAAACUAAAGAGCAUCGAGGAAAGACUGCGAAUCACAGAGGCAACUCUGAAUGAACUGAAGAGAGAGAAUGAAGCUUUAAGGAUGACUGCACAAGCCUCAGAGAUAAAGCUUGAAUCUCUUCAGGCAGUGAAUAAAGCCAAAGAGGUUGCGUUUUCAGUUGGACUUUUGUCAGCUGGAUCACAACAAUUUGGACCCUUCAGUACACAGGAAAAUCUGGUCUACAAAAAAAUCUUCAUUAACACUGGAAAUGCAUAUGACUCAAGCACUGGUAUUUUCACAGCACCAGUGAAUGGAGUCUAUUUCUUCAGAUUUUAUGUUCAUUCUCACCCUGAUAAACAAAUGGCAGUCAGUCUCUAUAAGAAUUCUGAAAGGCAAUGCUCUAUUUUUUCGUUGAAGCCUCAGACCAACACUAAUGCCAGCAAUGGUGUUAUUCUUACACUGAAGAAGGGUGAUAAAGUUAACACACAGCUGUGGGAGAACAGCUGGUUGUAUGAUGACGAAAACAACUACACCAGUUUUAGUGGUUUUCUGCUUUUCCCCUCUUAAAUGUCAGAUUCUCUAGUCCACUUAAUCAACUGUCACAAAAGUUCAAAUAAAAAAUAAGACUCAAUGUGCAUGUCUGAAGGUGAGAUCUAAAGUCUUGGGUCUAAAAAAAAGUGAACAGAAUAACUCCAAACUUAAUAGCUGAUAUAUGUAUACAUUAGGCAAUUAGUGCAUAUUAAUUAGCCAUGGCCCAUAAAUAAGUAAUGUUACAUUAAUAUUACACCUUACAUUUGUUUUGUUUAAUGUUACUAAAUUUAAAACAACUUAUUCAUAUAGUGGUUUUUUAUUUCUGUCUUAAUGCCAACUUGCCAGAAUGUUUUUUAAAGGUGACAACUGGCACAGAUUUUUCCAGUUCAAAGGCAAAUGAAAGCUAAGUUAUUGAUUUAUUAAUGUGCUUUUAUCUGAUUUAUCUAUGUGUCAUUUUCAUCAACCACAAAAUAAUUGUGUAACUACUGGCCAAUGGGUAUAUCAUAAUCACUGUGUUGAUUGCAACUGAUUACAGUAAUAAGGAAUGAAGUAACUAGGUUGAAAAUAUAAAUCCAGAUGUUUGGUGACAAAUAAAAUAAAUAAAUAAAAAAUAAAAAUACGAA